UCUCUUCCGGGUGUUUUGCUUCAGCUGGACGGUGUCAGCGAGCUAGCGUAGCUUUCUUUAAGAGUCAAAAGCCUUCAUUUUUACAAAAUGAACCGCAUAUUUGGUAGGGGAACACCCAAGGCUCCACCGCCGAACCUCUCAGACUGCAUAGGAAACGUUGAUUCUCGCUCGGAGUCCGUGGACAAGAAGAUUGCCAGACUAGAUGUUGAACUUGUGAAGUACAAGGACCAGAUGAAAAAGAUGAGAGACGGGCCCUCAAAGAACAUGGUCAAGCAGAAAGCUCUGAGAGUUCUGAAGCAGAAGCGGAUGUAUGAGAGCCAGAGAGAUAACCUCAUGCAGCAGUCGUUCAACAUGGAACAAACAAACUAUACAAUCCAGACCCUUAAAGACACUAAAACCACAGUCGAUGCCAUGAAAACCGGCCUUAAAGACAUGAAGAAAGCAUACAAGCAUGUGAAAAUAGAUCAGAUCGAGGAUCUUCAAGAUGAGCUCGGGGACAUGAUGGAGGAUGCCAACGACAUCCAGGAGGCGCUGGGCAGGAGCUACGGCACACCUGAAAUUGACGACGACGACUUGGAGGCCGAGCUGGAUGCUCUGGGAGACGAGCUCCUGAUGGACGACGACAGCUCCUACCUGGAUGAGGCUGCAACAGCGCCUUCCAUCCCAGAGGGCAUGCCCGGCGACAAGUCGGUCAACAGGGAUGGUGUCCUGGUGGACGAGUUUGGCCUUCCUCAAAUUCCUGCUACAUAAAAGUGCAAUCCGAACACUCGUGCUAGUUUUACAUGUAUCAUAGCCUUUUUGUAUUUAUCCAACUGACACUCCCAGCCUUUAGAGUGCGGCAAUAAAAACCACAGCAUCUUCUGUCCAACGAACGAUGAACUGCAUCUUAAAAUCGGGUAUCUUUCAUUAAAAGUUGAUUAUUAUUCUGUUAGUGAGCUCAUAUCUAUCUGAGGUGAUUGUUUGAAUUGGGAUUCUCUUAACUUUGUACAGUUUCUGCAGCAUUUGAUGCCAAGAACAAAAUAAAUAAUAUUUUUCAAACAAUA